AUGCCAGCCCACACCCUCCCGUCCCUCGCGCCACCCCGCCCACCCCGUGUGACAGAAGCAGCGGAGCGCGGAGCCAGCGGCUGGCAGCUAGUCUCGGGUGAUGGAGGCCCAGCCGUCUUCAUCGCCAGUUUCACGCCCAGCACAAUUAUGCUGACCACCAGGGCUCUUGUCCCGGACCUGAGUGUCAAUAGUCGGUAUUCCAACGUGAACACAGUUUCUGCUGGAUUCGGUUUGUUGGCCGGUGCAGCAUAUCGGAAACGGAAGCAGCUUGAUGACCGGAAGCUGUUCAUCGACGCCCAGUUCCCACCACGUGACGUGUCACUGGGCACGAAGCAUGGGAAACACCACCACAAGAAAAUUGUUUGGAAACGACCAUACCAAAGUCAACAUCGUAGUUCUUUGCAUAUUGAUUUUGGGGCGUCUUGUUUUCAGAUAAUUCCCGAGGACAACAGUUUUGGCACUCAGGGCUAUCACGGCAGCUUCCAUUGUCGGUUCUGGCAGUUCGGCACUUGGGUAGACGUCACAGUGGACGAUCUCCUGCCAACUGUGGACGGCAGUCUACUCUUUGCUCGCUCCUCCGACCCCAAUGAGUACUGGGUGUCGCUUGUAGAGAAGGCAUAUGCCAAAAGAGUUAAUGUCUUUUCUCAGGACCGCCGAGACUCCACGGGCGGAAACAGAAAGGGAAUGGUCUCUAACCACUCUUACGUGGUAACUGGGGUAGAGGAAAUACCCUACAUAGACAGGGCAGCCAAGCUGAUUCGCGUUCGAAACCCGUGGGGAGACACGGAAUGGGAAGGCGAAUGGUGUGAUGGGGGAGACGAGUGGAAGCGAGUCCCAGAGAACAUCAAACGCGAGCUGGAAGUGACGUCACGAGACGACGGCGAGUUCUGGAUGUCGUUCGAGGACUUUAAACGCGAGUACUGCAACAUGAUCAUAUGCAACAUGUCUCCCGACUUUGAUCACGACGGCAUUAGCGACAAGGCUGAGUACCAGCUGCAGAUCAAGGGGCGCUGGCAGAGCGGUGUGAACGCGGGCGGCUGGCUGGAGUGCCACAACUCUUUCCACACGAACCCUCAGUACCACCUCAUCAUUCACAGCGAUGGGAAGAAAGAAAUUCAUAAUGCUCUGGACCUCGUGGGUGGUCUCUUUAUGUCUGUAAUGUCAGUGUGA